GUUUUUACUGCAACUUUCACUUUCAUUUAUCUGCCCAGUACAGACAUUUGAAGGAUGAGAUGGCGGACGCUGCAUCAUUCAGAGACGAAGUCUCGAAUCCAAAGGCCCUGAGACGCAACAGUGUGGAACUAUUGCCCCCAAAGAUGUCUGAAAGUCCUACAGAGAUAAGGAUUGUGCUGCUCGGCAAGAAUGGCUCUAAGAAGAGUGCUGUCGGGAACUUCAUCCUGGAAAGAGGGGCAUUUGACCCCAACUAUGUACACAACCACUGUGAGAGAGCCAGGGGUCAGGUGGAGGACAAACACAUAGCUGUGAUCAACACUCCAGACCUGUUAGACCCUAACAUGUCACAUGACAAACUCUCAGAGGAACUGCGUUGGUGUGUCACUCUGUCUGACCCGGGACCUCAUGUGUUCCUGUUGGUGCUGCAGCCUGAGGAGUUCACACAGGAAGAGGGAGACAGAAUCAGGAAGAUCCUAGACACCCUCAGUGACCGGUCCUUUGACUACUCAAUGGUACUGACAACUCAUGAAGACAAGAGGGGACACAUGGAUGAGGAUCACCCUCUGAAUCAGAUGGUCAGAGCCUGUAGAGGGAGGCAGCACCUCAUGCACCUCAGUGACCGCACUCAACUUAUAGCAGAUGUUGACAAGAUUGUAAAGGAGAAUGGAGGAGGCUAUCUCACCUGUGAUGUAUUUGAAGAUACUACAAGUGGCAUGGUACAAGGGAAAGAGGAAAAACACAGGAGUAAAACUGAUGGAAGUCUCAAAUCUUCCUCUGAGGAAGAACUUGGAAAGGAUGUUUUGGAACAAGGUGAAUCAGCACAACUGGACAAAUGGGAGAACAUUAGAGAAAUUGAAUUUGGUAAACAGGUCAACUACAUUAUGUUUUAUAUGCAUAUCCGUAUAUUAAUCAAUGUGUACAUGUGUUUUACAGUGUCUUCACUCAGGAUUCUGCUUCUGGGGAAGAAUGAUGACAAGAAGAGUACAGUGGGUAACAUGAUCCUACAGAAAGAGGCUUUUAGGCCUGCUCCUUUCUUCAACUAUAAACAGCAAUGUGAGUCAGCCAGUGGGAAGGUGAAUGGCAAGUCUGUUACUGUUGUAAAGACUCCAGACUUCUUUGCUUCACCUCUGACUGUGCGGUCCCUGAUGCAGGAGAUGGAGAAAUGUAAGUCUCUCUCUGCUCCUGGGCCUCAUGGGGUCCUGCUGGUGUUGAAGCCUGAGAAGUUCACAGAGGAGAACAGAAACACAUUCAAGUUGAUCCUGAGCAUAUUUGGUAAAGAGGCCUUCAAGUACUCAAUGGUGAUUAUUACUCACGAGGGAGUCACAGGAAAUCCUCAUCUGAGACAAAUGAUUGAAGAAUGUGGAGGAAGGCAUCAUGAAAUGUACAAACAAGGCUGUGACCACAAAAAGUUAAAUCAAAAGAUAGAAAAUAUGGUAGAGGAGAAUGAAUGGAGAUACCUCACCUCCAAUGAAGAGACGACACAUGAUACCAUGACACCAAAGGCUCAGAGACUGAACGUGGUGCUGUGUGGCAGAAGAGGAGCUGGGAAGACUUCUAUAGCCAAUGCCAUACUGGGUCAGACAGAGUCCAGUCCAAAGUCCAGCUCCUCCUCAGUGUGUGUGAAGAGAGAAGGAGAGGUGUGUGGUCGGCCGGUCACCCUCAUCGAGCUGCCUGCUCUGUAUGGAACACAUCUCACUCAGGAGGAAGUGAUGCGUGAGACUUUCCACUGUGUCUCUCUCUGUGACUCUGGAGUCCAUGCUUUCCUCAUGGUCGUACCUUUGGGUCCAAUCACUGAUGAAGACAGAGGAGAGUUGGAGACCAUCCAGAAGAUUCUCAGCUCACGAGUCAAUGACUUUGUCAUGGUCCUGUUUAGACAGGAUAACAUUCCAGUCGAUAAAACUGCAGUUGACUUUGUGGAACAAAAUGCAGACACAAAGCAACUGAUCAAGAUAUGCGGAGGGCGGUAUAAAAUCUUUGAUGCUUCAAAGAUUGAGAACGCUAAGCAGACAACAGAACUUGUAACAGAAAUAAUCAAAAUGAUGGAUCAGAACAGAACCUGCUACACUCUGUACAUGUACAUGGAGGCUAAACACCAAUCAGAACUGGAGGAAAAGAACAGAAGAAUCAAGGAUUUAGAGGAGAGAAUCAGGAACACGUCACAAGGUGCUGAAAUGGAGUGUUCCAGCACAGAGUGCAUAAGGGUGGUGCUGAUUGGGAAAACUGGCAAUGGGAAGAGCGCCUCUGCAAACACUAUCCUGGGCAGAGAUGAAUUUGAGUCUAAAAUCAGCAGUAAUUCUACGACAACAGUUUGCAAGAAGGCAGUCGGCAAAGUUGAUGGAAGAACAGUUUCUGUGGUGGACACCCCUGGCCUUUUUGACACAACGUUGUCUAAUAAAGAUGUUCAGCAAGAGAUAGUGAAAUGUGUUUCCCUGUCAGCUCCUGGACCCCAUGUGUUUAUCAUAGUGUUGAGUAUCGGGAGAAUCACACAAGAGGAGCUGAACGCUUUGGACCUCAUAGAGAAAACCUUUGGUCCACGGGCAGGAAUGUUCUGCUUAGUUCUGUUUACUAGAGGAGAUGACUUGGGAACAAUGUUGAUUCAAGAUUACAUUGGGGAAAGCAAGAUUGCCAAACUGCAAAAAUUGAUCAGAGAUUGUGGAGGGAGAUUCCAUGUCUUCAACAACAAGGACAACAAUAACCGCACACAGGUCAAUAAGCUUCUUAAGAAGAUUAAUGAAAUGGUGUCCAUGAACAAGGGCAGUUUCUAUACCAAUGAGAUGUUCCAGGAGGCAGAGACCGCCAUUAAACAAAAACAGGAAGCAAUACUGAAGGAGAGAGAGGCGGAGAUAAAGGCUGACAUGGAGAAACUGAAGGUCAGCCAUGAAACAGACAUGGAAAAGAUUAAGUCAAAGUUGGAAGAGGAGAGAUUGAAAGUUCAGGAGGAAAGACAGCUGAGAGAAAACAUGUUGAGAGAGAGAGAGGAAGCUAUUCGAAAAGAGCAUGGAGACAAGGAGAAAGCAGAGAAGAAAGAAAGAGAGUUGGAGGACAAAAAAAAGAAAGAAGAUGAAAAGUUGAAAAAAGAAAUAUGGGACACAGAAAAAGAGAAGAUGGAAAAAGAGAUAAAAACUCAGGAAAUAAAGUUUAAAAACCUCCAAAAAGAAAAGGAAGAAGAAUAUAACAUGAGGAUGGAAAAACUGAGAAAGGAAGAGAAAGACAGAGAAGAACAGCUUCAAAAUCAAGAAAGGAAGUUUGAUAAACUAAAAAGGGAACAGGAGGAAGAAAUUAAAAUGAGACAAAAAGAAGAGGAUGAGAGGAGAAAGAAGGAAGAGGAAGAAAGACAAGAGUGGCAAAGCAAAAUAGAGGAAACAGAGAAAGGUCAAACAGAACUCCAAGAGGUCAUGCGUAGAGAAAAAGAGGAAUGGGAGGAACAGUUGAAGAAAGAAAGAGACAGACAACAGGAAGAAGAAAGGCUAAGGAGACAGAAGGAGGUACAAACUCUUGUAGAUCAAGAGAAAAAACAGAGGAGAUUGAGAGUGCAGUUUGAAAGAGAGAGGGAACAAUAUAGAAUAAAGAUGAAGGAAUCAGAAGCGCAGAGGAGAGAAACAGAGCAGAAAGAAAGAGAACGAAUAGAACAAGACUUUGAAGAAAAGAGGAGAGAGUUGACAGACAAAAUGACAAUACAACAAAAGCAGUGGGAGAAAGAACGUGGAGAGGAACAGGAAAGAAGAUUUCAAGAGGGUGUAAAUAGAAAAGUGGAGGAGAGACUAAGACUAAGAAAACUGGAGGAAACGUUUCAACAAGAACGUGAAGAAGAAAACAGGAGGAAGGAGAAGGAAGAUAAAGUCAGGAGAGAACAAGAAGAGAAGAAUUUGAAGGAAAUGAAGGCAGAUUAUGAAAGGAAAACAAAAGAAAUGAUGGAUGAAUAUGAACAAGAGGCCAGAAGACUUGCAGAGGAAAUGAAUACCUUUAAAGAGAAAUAUAAAAAUGACUUCCAAAAACUAUUGGAUCAACAUGAAGAAGAGAAGGAGAAACUAAGACAAAAGCACAAAAUGGAGACUGAUGAAUUAAAGGAUCAAUAUGGUCAUAAUGAAAAAGAACUGACUCAUAAAAUGAAGGAAAUGGAGGAAAAACAUAAAAUAGAGACAGAAAACAUGACAACAUUAAAGGGAAUCACUAUACAAGUGGUAAACAAAUGUACUACACAGUGAGAGAUCAGUCGUCCUGGUCCCUUUGCAGAAAAACAGCCCCAAAGCAUGAUGUUUCUACCCCCAUGCUUCACAGUAGGUAUGGUGUUCUUUGGAUGCAACUCA